CCUUUUCUGUUUAUUAUUAUGAUUUCCUUCACGCCGCCCUUUUUUUUUUUGCCUCCGCCGCCCAUUUCUAUUCACUAGCUUGUAUGUGUUAGCUUAGCCGCUUAGCAGCUAACUAGGCGCCCGUGCUGGUAGCGUUUAGCUAGCCUCUGCAAGAUGGCUGCGUACACAUCCUCAUCGCGCUUUUCCUUUUCUCCAAGAUACAUUUAACGUUAACCCCAAAAAAUGCGGGUUCUCCCACUAUAAGGAUAUUUAAGAAAAAAUGCGCAGGAGCCCACCUGCACGCGACGCGGUGUAUUUCGGGUUACCGUCCCUCAUUUCGCCGGGAAUUCGCGUUUGCUCAGCCGCCGGCGUCCGUCUCAUUUACUUUCUUCUCGUGAUGAAAAGCGUCUUUUGCCGCUAAAAUGGCGGUUCGCGCAGAUUUGAGCGGCUAACGUGCUAACCGGCCGACAUUCCCCCCCCCCACGCUCUAUGCUUCUCGAAUUUCGACGCGCGUAAACGCUAAUAUUUCCUAUAACGGAGUCGUUUGGUGCAUUUCGGGGAGCAUUUGGCCAAAAACGAGCGCGUGGAAGUCGAGCGUGUUUUGGUGACCUAGUUAACGUACGUUAGCUGGAGCGAAGCUAUCUGGUACUAGCGGGCUAAUCCAGUUAGCACAGAGCUUUUAACACACGAAUGCUGGUGGAAUCCGAACUAAAAUCAGCGCUGUGCGUGGGAUUUGUGUCUCGCUAGAGAAGUGGACAUGGCUUCUUCGGGGACCUCGGUUCUGCAGCCGCGCUGGAAGAGGGUUUUGGGCUGGUCUGGCCCGGUUCCUCGCCCGAGACACGGACACCGAGCUGUGGCCAUUAAAGAGCUGAUGGUAGUAUUCGGCGGAGGGAACGAAGGCAUUGUGGAUGAGCUACACGUCUAUAACACGGCCACCAAUCAGUGGUUUAUUCCUGCUGUCCGGGGUGACAUUCCUCCCGGCUGUGCCGCAUAUGGAUUUGUGUGCGAUGGCACAAGACUCCUUGUGUUCGGGGGCAUGGUUGAGUACGGAAAGUACAGCAAUGAUCUUUAUGAACUACAGGCCAGUAGAUGGGAGUGGAAACGUUUGAAGCCCAAAGCCCCCAAGAAUGGCCCACCGCCAUGUCCUCGCCUGGGCCACAGCUUUUCCCUGGUUGGAAACAAAUGCUAUUUGUUUGGUGGAUUGGCAAAUGACAGUGAGGAUCCCAAAAACAAUAUUCCCAGAUACCUGAAUGACCUCUACACUCUCGAGCUUCGCCCGGGGUCUAACGUAGCAGGCUGGGACAUCCCCAUUACAUACGGUGUGCUUCCCCCUCCUCGUGAGAGCCACACUGCUGUUGUCUACACAGAGAAAACGUCCAAAAAGUCUCAUCUCAUCAUCUAUGGCGGCAUGAGUGGCUGCCGUCUUGGAGACCUCUGGACUUUAGACAUAGGUGAGAGAAAGAUGUUUGUGUUUGGUGGCUGGGUUCCUCUGGUCAUGGAUGAUGUCAAAGUAGCGACACACGAGAAGGAAUGGAAGUGCACUAACACACUGGCCUGCUUAAAUCUAGACUCAAUGUCUUGGGAGACCAUCUUGAUGGACACGCUCGAGGAUAAUAUCCCAAGGGCCAGAGCUGGACACUGCACUGUGGCUAUAAACAAUAGACUGUACGCCUGGAGUGGAAGAGACGGCUACCGCAAAGCCUGGAACAACCAAGUUUGCUGCAAAGAUCUGUGGUAUUUGGAAACAGAUCGUCCUCAGCCUCCAUCACGUGUGCAGCUGGUCCGAGCCAACACCAACUCUCUGGAGGUGAGCUGGGGGGCAGUGCCUACUGCUGACACUUACCUGCUGCAGCUGCAGAAAUACGACAUCCCUGCUGCAACAGCUGCCACAUCACCAACGGUCAACCCCACCCUGUCUGUACCCGUCAACUCGCCUAAGAGUCCGGCAACCGCUGCUGCUGCUCCAGCAGCUCAGAGCUUGCCCCUGUCUGGGGUCACAAUGGUGCCACGAGUUCCUUCCCCCACCACCGCCAUACCAAGCAGCCCGCUUGCAGCCUCACCUCGUGGACCAGCUAUUCUUAAAGUGGCAGCGCCUUAUUCUUCCCCUGGCACGUCAGUCGUUACCUUGCGUCAGGCCACUCCAGGAGGAAAAUCCCCAGUCACAGUUACAUCACUUCCUGCAGGUGUCCGCAUGGUUGUCCCUGCACAGAGUACCCAGGGGACGCCAAUUGGCAGCAGCCCUCAGAUGAGUGGCAUGGCUGCUUUGGCUGCAGCUGCAGCUGCCACACAGAAGAUCCCACCCUCUUCCACUGUGCUAAAUGUUCCAGCCGGGGCCACCAUCGUGAAAACCGUCGCUGUGACUCCUGGAUCCACAACUCUGCCAGCUACUGUCAAAGUAGCUUCACCCGUAAUGGUUACUAAUCCUGCGACCCGAAUGCUGAAAACAGCUGCUGCUCAGGUCGGCACUUCCGCCAUCUCUUCUCCUAACACUCCGACUCGGCCGAUCAUCACUGUGCACAAAUCAGGCACCGUAACCGUAGCCCAGCAGGCUCAGGUCGUCACCACCAUGGUCGGAGGAGUCACCAAAACUAUAACCCUUGUUAAGAGCCCCAUUACAAUGGGUGGCAGCGGUUCUCUGAUCUCCAGCCUUGGGAAGGUGAUGUCUGUUGUCCAGACCAAACCAAUACAAACCUCUGCAGUCACGGGGCAGGCUGGAAGCAGUCCUGUCACUCUUAUACAAACAAAGACUCCUCUGCCUGCUGGUACCAUCCUGAAACUGGUUACAUCUGCUGAUGGCAAGCCAGCCACAAUCAUUACAACUACACAGGCAGGAGGGACUGGCACCAAACCCACUAUCCUGGGAAUCAGCACAGUCUCUCCAACUACCACCAACAAACCAGGAACCACCAUUAUUAAAACCAUUCCCAUGUCUGCUAUCCAACAAGGAGCAACAGGUCUGACUAGCAGUCCUGGCGUCAAGUCCCCCAUCACAAUUAUCACCACUAAGGUUGUUACUCCUGGCACAGGUGCUCCGGGGAAAUUCAUAACAGCUGUGCCAAAGCUGACAGCAGGUGCAGGACAACAGGGGGUCACACAGGUGGUCCUGAAGGGGGCGCCCGGACAGCCAGGCACUAUCCUGCGCACUGUGCCUAUGAGUGGAGUGCGUCUGGUUUCACCAGGCACUGUCUCUGCUGGAAAACCAACUGUUACCACACUGGUUGUCAAGGGCACCACGGGAGUCACAACUCUGGGUACAGUAACUGGUACUGUAUCGAGUAGCGUGGCAGGGGCCAAUGUGGCAAGUGCUAAUGCCAGCCUGGUGACUCCAGUCACCACACUUGCUUCCAUUGCCACAUUGUCCAGCCAGGUGAUCAAUCCCACAGCUAUCACUGUAUCUGCUGCCCAGACCAACCUCGCCACCGCUACAAUACAAACGGCAGCCCAACCUACUCAAGUAACACUGAUCACGACUCCAAGUGGUGCUGAGGCUCAGCCUGCACAGGAUCUUCCUGUCUCCAUCAUGGCCUCUCCCACCUCAGAGCAGCCCUCCACCACUGGUGCUGAUGCUGGUGACGGUGCUGGCGAAGGUGCUACCACCGUGACGCUGGUCUGUUCCAACCCUCCAUGUGAGACCCAUGAGACUGGAACGACCAACACGGCUACAACGGCUUCCGCCAAAAUGGGCACCGAACAGAUUUGUUCCAACCCUCCCUGUGAGACCCAUGAGACUGGAACGACCAACACUGCUACAACGGCUUCUGCCAAAAUUGGCACCAAACAGAUUUGUUCCAACCCUCCCUGUGAGACCCAUGAGACUGGAACGACCAACACUGCUACAACGGCUUCUGCCAAAAUUGGCACCAAACAGAUUUGUUCCAACCCUCCCUGUGAGAUGCACGUGACGGGCACCACCAACACUGCAACCACCGCCUCUGUGAACAUGGGCAGGUCACAGCAGGUCUGCACCAACCCACCCUCAGAGACCCAUGAUACGGGCACCACCAACACAGCCACCACUGCCAGCUGCGACAUGGGAUCUAAAGAGAUGGAAACCGUGAACAGCAAGACAACAUCUUCGACAGCUACAUCUUCAGCUUCUGGUUCAGAACCAGCAACACCCGUCUCAGAGAGCAGUGCUGGAUCAGGCACCAUGCGGCCGAAGAAUCUCCGCACAGGUACCACCAACACCUCCACUACUGCCCGCUCCAACAUGGGCUCCGACCUUACGGGAACCGUGCAGAGCUCCAACAAAAGCCAAGCCGCCAUCUCCUCUACACUGAUGCCUCUUUGCUCCAGCCCUCUCAGUGAAACGAGCGAGACGAGCACCACAAACACUUCAACUGUGUCCAGUGGCAUCCAGCAGGUCUGCUCAAAUUCUCCCUGUGAAACACAUGAGACAGGCACGACCAAUACGGCUACGCAGUCAAGCUCCAGUAUGGACAGUGGGCAAACCAACAUUGUGCAGAGGGUGUGUUCCAAUCCGCCCUGUGAAACUCAUGAAACGGGCACCACAAACACGCCGACCCAGGCCUCAUCUUCUAUUGGUGCUGGACAGAACGGCACAGUUCAGAGGGUGUGUUCCAAUCCACCCUGUGAAACUCAUGAAACAGGCACAACCAACACGCCAACCCAGGCCUCAUCUUCUAUUGGUGCUGGACAGAACGGCACAGUUCAGAGGGUAUGUUCCAAUCUGCCCUGUGAAACUCAUGAGACCGGCACCACCAACACGCCGACCCAGGCCUCGUCUUCUAUUGGUGCUGGACAGAACGGCACAGUUCAGAGGGUAUGUUCCAAUCCGCCCUGUGAAACUCAUGAGACCGGCACCACCAACACGCCGACCCAGGCCUCGUCUUCUAUUGGUGCUGGACAGAACGGCUCAGUUCAGAGAGUGUGUUCCAAUCCACCUUGUGAAACUCAUGAGACCGGCACAACCAACACAGCCACCACAGCUACAAGCAGCUUAGAAACUGGAGAAGGAACAGCCCAGCAGGCCGGUGAUGGGCAGAGUGACAGUGGCACCAGCUCAGAACCCACAUCAUCUACAGAACCAGCCAAUCCCACAACACAAAGCAGAGCCAUCACCACAGUAACACAGGCCACGCCCACUCCAGGACCAUCAGUACCGGAGAUUUCGUCCAUGGCUGGAUCUGUGGUAGUGGCUGAGGUCCCGGGAGAGGCUGAGGCCAUGGAGCAGACCAGCACUGAGGCCGGAGCAGCGGGAGAAGAGCCCAUGCAGACUGAGUGUCAGGGAGAGCUGGGUGAAGAGGGAGCUGUCAGGGUCGUUGCCAUAGAUGAAAGUGCAGGGGGAGAGGAGGGCACCAUGCUACAGGUUCAUGUCGCCAUGGAAGCACAGCCGCCAGGUCAAGGGGAUCAGGCUGAGAUUUCCCAGCAGGCCGGUGAUGGGCAGAGUGACAGUGGCACCAGCUCAGAACCCACAUCAUCUACAGAACCAGCCAAUCCCACAACACAAAGCAGAGCCAUCACCACAGUAACACAGGCCACGCCCACUCCAGGACCAUCAGUACCGGAGAUUUCGUCCAUGGCUGGAUCUGUGGUAGUGGCUGAGGUCCCGGGAGAGGCUGAGGCCAUGGAGCAGACCAGCACUGAGGCCGGAGCAGCGGGAGAAGAGCCCAUGCAGACUGAGUGUCAGGGAGAGCUGGGUGAAGAGGGAGCUGUCAGGGUCGUUGCCAUAGAUGAAAGUGCAGGGGGAGAGGAGGGCACCAUGCUACAGGUUCAUGUCGCCAUGGAAGCACAGCCGCCAGGUCAAGGGGAUCAGGCUGAGCAGAUGGAGGCCGGUGUGGAGGGCGCAGAAGCAAUGAGUCUCGCAGCUCAAGACUCAGAAGCCCUCGCUUUGCCCCAGGAGCUGAUGUCUGCAGAAGGACAGCAAACCACCCUCAUGGUGACUGGACUGACCCCAGAGGAGCUGGCUGUGACCGCAGCAGCAGAGGCUGCAGCACAGGCUGCGGCUACAGAAGAAGCACAGGCCCUCGCCAUCCAGGCUGUCCUACAGGCGGCUCAGCAGGCUGUGCUCAGUGCGGGUGACGCAGGUCAAGACGGGCAGCAAUCCACCACCAUCCCUAUAGUUUUGACCCAGCAGGAACUCGCUGCUCUGGUUCAGCAACAGCAUCAGCUCCAGGAGGCGCAGGCGGCCGCAGCCGCAGCCCAGCAGUUAAGCGCUGAAGCAGCCGCAGCUGCUCUGCCCACUGAAGGCUUGGCACCAGCAGACAGCCUCAACGACCCAGCAUCUGAGAGCAAUGGCCACGAGAUGGGAGCCGUGGCCCGUCUCCUUCCACGUACUUCUGCAGAGACUCUAGCCCCAUCAAGUACUUUUGCACCAUCUCAGCCAAUGGUGGUCGCCAGUCCUGCCAAGAUGCAAGCGGCUACUGCUUUAGCUGAGGUGGCCAAUGGGAUUGAAUCAACAGCUGGGAAGCAAGAAGCUCCUCCAGCCAUUGUAAAGCCACCAGUGAAGAAAGAGAAUCAGUGGUUUGACGUUGGAAUCGUUAAGGUUACAAACAUGGUUGUCACGCACUAUUAUGUGCCAGCAGAUGAUUCAGCGGUUACUGAUGAUGAUUCUGGCGCAAUCCCAGACUACAGCCGAAUGAAGAAGAUUGAGCUUUCUCCAGGCACUGCAUAUAAGUUUCGCGUGGCUGGUAUCAACGCAUGCGGCCGUGGGACGUUCUCUGAGGUUUCUGCGUUCAAGACCUGCUUACCUGGCUUCCCUGGAGCACCUUGUGCCAUCAAAAUCAGCAAGAGCCCCGAUGGUGCUCACCUGACCUGGGAGCCUCCUUCAGUUACGUCAGGGAAGAUCAUUGAGUAUUCGGUUUAUCUGGCCAUCCAGAGCUCUCAAACAGUCGAGGCUAAAGCAUCCACUCCGGCUCAGCUUGCCUUUAUGCGGGUAUACUGUGGGCCCAACCCGUCCUGCCUAGUGCAGUCAUCUAGUCUCUCCAAUGCCCACAUUGACUACACCACUAAACCCGCCAUCAUCUUCCGCAUUGCCGCCCGCAACGAGAAAGGAUACGGCCCCGCAACACAAGUCAGGUGGCUACAAGAAACCAGUAAAGAUGGCUCUGCGGCCAAACCUGGUGCAAAAAGACCGGUCUCGUCCCCUGAUAUGAAAGGCGCUGGUCCAAAGAAGGCCAGACCUGACCAGUGAGAGCUCGCAUGACCCCUGACCCCGCCCUGUUUAUGAGCUGAACCAUGACUGAACUCCAUCUCCUGCUGAAAGACCUUCCUGCUUCCACUUCUCACCCCAUUCCAUCAUAUGAAACAAAAUGGAAGGAAACUGCAGCCAAAAAUAGGAAAACGUAAAAAAAAAAAAAUAAGAAAAGU